UACAAUUAUCGCGAGACGUCGUCCUGCUAUAAAUCAUCCAGUCGCGAGCCAGCAGCGCUGUCUUAAACAUUCUGCACGGCUGUGGAAACGAGGUGAAAGCACACUAAAGUCUGACUGAAGAUGGCUGCAGGCAACGCAAAAAUUGGGAAGCUGGCUCCGGACUUCUUGGCUAAAGCGGUGAUGCCAGACGGCCAGUUCAAGGACCUGAAGCUGUCGGAUUACAGAGGAAAGUACGUCGUCUUUUUCUUCUAUCCGCUGGACUUCACGUUCGUGUGUCCAACUGAGAUCAUCGCUUUUAGUGACGCUGCUGACGAAUUCAGGAAGAUUGGCUGUGAAGUUAUCGCCGCCUCUGUGGACUCUCACUUCUCCCACUUUGCAUGGACCAACACACCACGUAAGCAGGGCGGUCUGGGUGCCAUGAAGAUCCCGCUGGUGUCGGACACACGUCGCACCAUCUCCACUGACUACGGUGUCCUGAAGGAGGACGAAGGCAUCGCCUACAGGGGUCUGUUCAUCAUUGACGACAAGGGCAUCCUGAGACAAAUCACCAUUAAUGAUCUCCCGGUCGGACGCUCUGUAGAGGAGACCUUGCGUUUGGUCCAAGCGUUUCAGUUCACAGACAAACACGGAGAAGUCUGUCCAGCCGGCUGGAAACCAGGAAGUGACACCAUCAAGCCGGAUGUCCAGAAAAGCAAAGAUUUCUUCUCCAAGCAGUAAUAAACUCAGGACCACAGUCACCGCCUGCUCUAGGAGAUCGCAUUUUGUGAUAACAUUUUGAAUAAUGUUAGAGCCAGAGCUUUGUGUCGUCAUCCCCUGUAUGUCAUUUCUGUGUAAAUGGUGCCCCAGGACCAAAGUACAGUAAUCAUGUUGUGGUAGCUAUCGUCUGCUGUAGUCAUUAUUUGUCUGUGCGGCCGAUCAUGUCACUGUUUUUUUUUCUUAUUGGUACAAGAGGACCUCACAAACACUUUCAAAGGAGCAAAGGCAGACUACCUGUGCUCGAAAUGAUGUGUAUGAUUGUUUUUUUUUUUUUUUUUGUUUUUCCUCUGUGCAUUGAACAAAGGGUUAUUUCAUGGGAAUAAAUAAUGCUUUUUACAUUUACAGUGAUGUUGUCUUUCAAUAAUAAAACACAAUCUGUUUCUGAAAGUAUUUAACAGUACCACUUGAAUAUAAAUAAAAUGAGGGAUCUUCUUGAA